AUGACGGGGACCAGAAGCGUGUGUGAUGACGGGGACCAGAAGCGUGUGUCGGUGCUGUCUUACCCCCAGUAUUGUCGCUACCGUUCCCUAUUGGCCCGGCUGAGAGAGAGACCCUCCUCCCUCCUCACCUCACAGGUGGUUCUGGCCCUGGGGGGCGUGACCUCACUCACAGACCACACCCACAUCCUGUACUGCAGGGACACCUUUGAACACCCCACCCUCAUCGACAACGACAGUGUCUGUGACGAGUUCGCUCCCAACCUGAAGGGCCGGCCUCGGAAAAAGAAGCUGUCCGUCUUGCAACGCCGCGACUCCCAGAAUACACCAGCAGGCAAGGAGACGGCCAACACAGAGGGCAAGGCCCCCGCCAAGGUGAAGCCUGAGUCCAAGGCAGAGGGGCCCAGGGGACCUAGAGGCAGCAGCUGCUGUCAGAGGGUCUCCCCCUCCUCUAAAAGAAGAACAGGUGAAGGAGGUGAGGAGUGUCCUGCUGACGAACAAGCCUUUCUAGUAGCUCUGUAUAAAUACAUGAAGGAGAGGAAGACGCCCAUAGAGAGGAUCCCCUACCUGGGCUUCAGACAGAUAAACCUUUGGACUAUGUUUCAAGCAGCAGAGACACUGGGAGGAUAUGAGCUG